AUGGUUAUAAUUUGGAUCUUGUUCCUGAGUUUGUUGCAGGAGCCGUGGUCCCCAGGGCGGGCCACGGGGGUGCCCGGGGCCGCCGAAGCCUCCCCGAGAGCCCCCCGGCCGCGCCGGGAUGCGGGGGGCCGCGGCGGCGUCUACGAGCACCUCGGGGGAGCGCCCAGGCGCAGGAAACUCUACUGUGCCACCAAAUACCAUCUUCAGAUCCACCCCAACGGCAAGAUCAACGGCACCCUAGAGAAAAACAGCGUCUUCAGUAUUCUUGAAAUAACUGCUGUUGAUGUUGGAAUCGUUGCCAUCAAGGGCUUGUUCUCUGGCAGGUACCUGGCCAUGAACAAAAGGGGCAGGCUUUAUGCAUCAGAAAAUUAUAACACAGAAUGUGAGUUUGUGGAGAGGAUCCAUGAGUUGGGUUAUAACACCUACGCAUCCCGUCUCUACCGGACUGUACCCAACAGAGCUGGCACCAAGCGCAAAGCCAGUGCAGAGAGACUCUGGUAUGUCUCAAUCAAUGGGAAAGGACGACCCAGAAGGGGCUUUAAAACUCGCAGGACACAGAAAUCAUCUCUCUUUCUGCCUAGAGUAUUGGAUAACAAAGACCAUGAAAUGGUCCGACUGUUUCACACAAAUGUGAAAUAUCGAGAGAGUCUCCUGAAGACCCCAAGCAAGAACCAGCGAAGAAGGAGAGGACGCUGA